ACAAUCUAAAUAUGUUUUGCUCCCAAAAAAUAUUCAAAAUAAAAGAAAUCGACACCAAAACACAAAUAAAUAAAAGUAGAAAAAAGUGAAGGCCAGAACUUUCUUCCCGUUAAUACCGCUGUUUGCUUUUCUGUAGAACUUGUUCUGAACUUAAACGUGAACAUUAAUUAAACUAAAACCCCACAUUAAAUCUUUGCUGUUUUCCAGAUGUAUAACUUAAUCUGAGAACCGGGUUUAAUCCCAUUUGUGCCGAAAAUGGUUGAAGAUUUGAGUUCAUGCUACAAGGAUACAUAUGCUCUUAAGAUUCCGAAAAUGUCUUCACUGAUAUUAAAGAUGAUAACACUGGUGAUUGCGACGAUCUGUGGAUUAUACAUCUGCUCAAUGUGUCUCAAACAAAUAAGUAAUCAAACAAAGCCUAAUAUUGAAGUUAUCGAGAGACUCAGCAAUAGUUAUGAUACCAUCAAUUCGGAAACUCCUUACCUGCAUUACCCACAUCCUGAAACAUUUAACAGGGCUGAAUGUGCUGGAAAUCCUGUUCGGUUCUUUGUUAUUAUAUCAAUGCAGCGUUCAGGGAGUGGAUGGUUUGAAACACUGUUAAAUAGUCAUACUAAUGUCAGCUCUAAUGGUGAGAUAUUCUCUGUUAAUAGUAGGAGAAGCAAUAUCUCAUCUAUUAUUAGGACUCUUGAUAGGGUCUACAAUUUGGACUGGUUUAAUAGUGCUUCAAAGAAUGAAUGCUCCGCUGCUGUUGGCUUCAAGUGGAUGUUGAAUCAGGGGUUGAUGGACUAUCCCAGUGAGAUAGGCGAGUAUUUCAGUAGAAGACGUGUGUCUGCUAUAUUUCUCUUCCGAAGAAAUCAGCUGCGGCGAUUAAUUUCAGUACUUGCAAAUUCAUAUGAUAGCCAUGCUAAGCAGUUAAAUGGAACUCACAAGGCUCACGUGCAUUCUCUAGAAGAGGCUGAGACUCUUUCAAAGUAUAAGCCUCUCAUCAAUUCAACUUCAUUGUUAUCUGCCCUGAAGGACUCAGAGUUCACGAUGGCUCAGGCUUUAGCGUUUUUUAACAGAACUCGGUAUAUUACUUUAUAUUACGAAGAUCUUAUCAAGAAUAACACAAAGCUGGUUGACGUUCAAAACUUUCUUAAGAUACCACGUAUGAAGCUAAGAAGCCAGCAUGUCAAGAUACAUAAAGGUCCUCUAAGGGAUCAUAUCGAGAAUUGGGAAGAUGUCAAUAAGACACUCAUUGGAACAGCUUAUGAAAAGUUCCUUCAUCUUGACUAUUGACCAGUCAUCAGCUAACAAUUGAUGUGGUGUACAUAAAAGCUGAUUCUCAGGGUGUGCUCGGAAGCUGAGACCGAAGGCAUGAAGCUUCCUUAUUUAUUCAAAUUCUGCAAUUUUGUUCGUACCUGCUUUCCGUAUCACUACUAUUUUGCUAAUGUUGAUCGAGUGGAAUGUCGCUGAUUACAGAUGUUAGUGAGCUAGGAUUUUCGUUUAUUUUUUGGGGAACUUAUGUAAGAAUUAGUUUGGUAUUUAGUGAAAUCAAAGUUUUGUGAUUUCAAGAAGAAAGGCUAUAACUGUACAAAUUGCAAUGUCAGAGUAAAAAUUAGCGAGUAAUAAUAGAUGGUAAUCCUAUCCUAUACUUCUUUUGAAGUGCUA